UCUAAAAAGAGAAAGGAAACUUUUUUCCCCUAACUGUGAAAAUGGGAAACAGAGUUUAUGUCCAAAGUAGCCUGGUUAGUUGAACUCCGAGUCUUUUGCUUGGAGAGGUGAGCAGUCAUCCGAGUGGAAACAUGAAGGAGGCAAGCUCACAAGACAGACAGGAAAGUGGAAACAAGACACCAAAGGGUAUGCACGAGACAGGAGGGGAGCGCUCGGGACUUAGAACUGCUUUCGUUUAGGGGUCCCAUCUCCAGUCUCUGCAACAGUGGGCCUUGAGCUAAUUUUUGAAGAAUAAAGAAAUAAGUGAGUGUGUGAACUAUUGGUGCAGGAGGGCAUGGGGAAACACCAUUAACUGCUAUUAGUGACUGUGGUAGGUUUGUUAGACAUUUAAAAGUUUUCUUCUUUCCCUAGUCCCAGCUCUUUUCAUCAUGUGUUUCUGUUUUCCUGAGAAAAGGGAGAAAGGUAAUGUUUUUCUUAGGCCAAACCACUGAUAGGUGACCCAACUUGCCCUAAUAUUUAUGGGUCCUCCCUAGAGACCUCAGAUGCACUGGAGCAGAGCAGUAAAGGCAAAGGAACAAAUGUUCCCCUUGCCAACUGGAAAUGCUUGAGGAGACAAUCCAUUAAGAAGCCUGGCCCUGCCUCCAGCAAACACCACCUUCCUGUGGGCAGUGCACACGGGUGACCUUCACAACCCACAGCCAGAGCCUGGAACAGAAGAGACAGUCUGGGGCAAUCAAGCGUCAUCAGGUUUUCCCACCUCCCCUCUCACUAAAAUGCACCACCCCCGUUCUUUCCGCCGGGGCAGCCAUCUUCCAGUAACUCGCCAAAACGACGAACACUAAAGGAAAGAGGAGAGGUACUCGGUAUAUGUUCUCUAGACCUUUUAGGAAACAUGGAGUCGUUCCUUUGGCCACAAACAUGCGAAUCUACAAGAAGGGUGAUAUUGUAGACAUCAAGGGAAUGGGCACUGUUCAAAAAGGAAUGCCCCAUAAGUGUUACCACGGCAAAACCGGAAGAGUCUACAAUGUCACCCAGCAUGCCGAGGGCAUCAUUGUAAACAAGCAAGUUAAAGGCAAGAUUCUGGCCAAGAGGAUCAAUGUGCGGAUUGAGCACAUCAAGCACUCAAAGAGCAGAGACAGCUUCCUGAAGCGGGUGAAGGAGAACGAUCAGAAGGAAAAGGAAGCCAAAGAGAAGGGCACCUGGGUUCCGCUGAAGCGCCAGCCUGCGUCACCCAGAGAAGCCCACUUUGUGAGGACUAACGGAAAGGAGCCUGAGCUGCUGGAGCCCAGUCCAUACGGAUUCAUGGCCUAAUGUACACAAAGGAAAGGAAGGAUCUGGACUGCAAAGUCAAAAAACAAAACAAACAAACAAAAAAAGCACACCCCCCCCUUAUCUCCCCCAAGAAAAGAGAAGGACACCAGGCCAACACAGGCACAAGAUACACUAAGACCAGGCCCAAACCUUCACAUCAAGGCUGGACAAGGCAACCCAGUAGGAGGAAAGGGCACCCAAGAGCAGGCAAAAGAGUCCCACUCUUAGGAGUCCCACAAAACCACCAAGCUAACAGCCAUAACAUACACACAGAGGAUGAAGCACAGACCUACGUAGGAUCCAUGAUUGCAACUUCAGUUUCCCUGAGCCCCUACGAGCCCUGCUUAGUUGAUUCCACAAGCUGAGUUCUCCCAAAGUCCUCAACUCCUCUGGCUCCUCUUACAGUUCUUUCCCCCCACUUCUAUGGGAUUCCCCAAGCUCCAAGUGAGGGAUUCAAUGGAGACCUCCAAGUUGGUAUCUCUCUCAACAUAACAUUUAACUAUGAGUCUCUGUAUCCAUUCCCAUCCGCUGCAUUAGGAAGCCUCUCUGAGGAAGACGGGACUAGGCAUUGAUCUGUAAGUAUAGUAGAACAUUAUAGUAGUAAUCAUU